AUGAAAUUUUCAGUAAAUUUUCUCACAUCACUAAGUCUCGGCGAUUGGAUUACUAUUCUAUUCGUUACUAUAAUCAUUUAUAUUUCACUUUUCUAUUAUGAAUACUAUACCCCUAAAAUCCAUGGUGAAAUUUUCGAAAUCUGGGUCGGUCUACAACGUCAGAUAGUACUAAGCAGUGCAGAAUUAAUUGAACAACUUAAUGUUCCAUCCGCAAAAGUUGGCGAUUUAAUCGAAGUAUUUGAUUAUGCGGUGACGAAUCCUUCGUAUCUUCAUGGAACAUUUGAAAUGAUGCAAUAA